CUUCGGUCCAAUCUCAUGACGAAGGGAUCGACAGUGCCGUCCUCCACCCCUCCUGCUAGGCUCGUCCCCAGGUUUGCGGAGAAGCAUCCCCGGUCCCCGCGCCUCGCCUUUACGGCACAAAUCGCACCGAGCACCCUCCGCCAGGGUGCUGCUUGUAAGUGGUGACGUCGCAGACGAGGGCCGAAGACGCGAUCUAAGCGGUAGAGAGACGUCUGGUGUCGGUCAUACAUGUACCCAACAGUCCUCCAGCAGUUGAUGAGCGUGGGCACAACAAAGUCUGGACAAUGGCCGUCUCCAUCUCGCAACUUGCCUUGGAGCACCAUCGCGUCGCUUUCGGCAUUGCGGAGACGCAGCCUCGCAUCUCGUGGCGCUUCGCCGGAAACGCGCAAAAUUGGGAGCAGUCAUCGUACGAUAUAGAGCUUCUCCGCAGCAGCGAGUCCCCACACCGCGAUGGGACUUUCUCCUACUCACAGGCAUCGGGCGACUCUCGGUACGUGCCCUGGCCUGGGGCGCCCCUGAAGAGUGCCGAGCGCGCCAGGGUUCGCGCGAGGGCGCACGGUAAGCGCGGGCAGCCGUCGACGCCGUGGUCCGACUGGGUCGCCGUCGAGACGGGCCUCCUGACCGCCGAGGAUUGGGACGGCGCGGCGCCCAUCGCGGCGGAUCGCGAGACAGAAGUCGGUGGGCCGAAGCGUCCGCUGUACUUCCGCAAGGACUUCCUCGCCGGCAAGGAUGUCGAGUCCGCGCGGCUGUACAUCACGGCCCUCGGGCUUUACGAGGCGGAGAUCAACGGCCAUCGGGUCGGCGAUGCCGUCCUCGCGCCGGGGUGGCAGUCGUUCAACUUCCGACACGUCUACGACACCUACGAUGUCACCGGUCUCGUCAAGGCCGGGGGCAAUGCGAUUGGCGUCGUGGUCGGAGAGGGUUGGUUCGCCGGCAGGCUCGCCUUUUCCGACAGCCGCAACUUUUGGGGAGACACGCUUGGAGUUCAGUCGCUCUUGACCGUCACGUACAAGAAUGGCACGACAAGAAAGAUAGCCACUGACGAGUCCUGGAGAGCCAACACGGGUCCAGUCACCUCUUCGGAGAUAUAUGAUGGAGAAACAUACGAUUCAAGACUCGAAGCGGGCAUCGAGGGAUGGUCUUCGGAUGCCUUUGACGACACGGACUGGCUUGCUGUCAAGACGCUUUCUCCGCUCAAGGGCAAGCUCGUUCCUGCAGAUGGACCGCCCGUUCGCAGACUUGAGGAACGCAAGCCGGAGCGUAUCUUCAAAUCGGCAUCCGGCAAGACGCUCAUCGACUUCGGACAGAACAUGGUCGGCUGGCUCCGCCUAAACAAAGUCAAAGGACCGAGCGGCACCAACAUCACGCUCCACCACGCCGAGGUGCUCGACAAUGGUGAGCUGGCUCUCCGGCCCCUUCGCAGCGCCAAAGCCGCCGACACCCUCAUCCUGCACGGCAACGGAUCGCAGACGUGGGAGCCGCACUUCACGUUCCACGGCUUCCGCUUCGCGCAGAUGGAUGGGUGGCCCGAGGACACGCCCCUGACGAGCGACUCGGUCACGGGCAUCGUGGUCCACAGCGACCUCGAGCAGACGGGGUGGUUCGAGUGUUCGCACGCGCUCUUGAACCAGUUCCACUCCAACGUGCGGUGGUCCAUGAAGGGCAACUUCUUGAGCAUCUCGACCGACUGCCCGCAGCGCGACGAGCGGCUCGGCUGGACGGGCGACGCGCACGCGUUUGGCCCGACGGCCAACUUCCUCUACGACACGGCCGGCUUCUGGCGCGGGUGGCACCGCGACAUGUACUCGGAGAUGCAGCGCAACGGCUCCAUGCGCGUGCCCUUCUUCGUGCCCACGGUGCCGCCGGACAGCAACGACUCCCCCGCGGCCGUCUGGGGCGACGUCUCGGUCGGCGGGCCGUGGGACCUGUUCCGCGCGUACGGCGACGUCGGCAUGCUCAAGGAGCAGUACCCGCAGUCCCGGGGCUGGAUCGACAAGGGCGUCCCGCGGCAGGCCGAGGGCGGGCUGUGGGAUCGCAGCGGGCCGCAGUUUGGCGACUGGCUCGACCCCAAGGCGCCGCCCGAGGACGCGGGCGCCGCGACGACGGCCAAGUACCUCGUCGCCGACGCGUACCUGGUGCGCAUGACCGAGGUCCUCGCCGACAUGGCGCGCGCCGUGGGCGACCCGGCGGGCGCGGACAAGUACGCGGCCCAGCACGACGACCUGCGCGCCAAGUUUCAGGGGGCGUGGAUGACGGGCAACGACGGGCAGAUGGCGAACCGCACGCAGACGGCGUACGCGCUGGCCCUCGCCUUCGGCCUGUACACCAACGCGACGCAGCGGACGGCCGCCGCGGCCACGCUCCGGGACAUCGUGGCGGGCAACGACUACCUCGUGGGGACGGGCUUCGCGGGGACGCCGGCGCUGGGCCCGGCGCUGCGGGACGCGGCCAACGCGACCGACGACUUCUACAGGAUGCUGCUGCAGACGCGCGUCCCGUCGUGGCUGUACCAGGUGGUGCAGAACGGGACGACGACGUGGGAGCGCUGGGACAGCCUGCUGCCCGACGGCCACGUCAACCCGGGCUCCAUGACGAGCUUCAACCACUACGCCUUUGGCGCCGUGGCCGACUGGGUGCACGCCACCGUCGGCGGGCUCGCCCCCGCGGAGCCUGGUUGGAAGGUCGUGGCCGUCGAGCCCGUUCCCGGCGGCGGCAUCACCAGCGCUGACACGCGCUUCGUGAGCGGCUACGGGGAGGUGCGCGUCAAGUGGAACGAGAACGUCGUCGACGGCAGUGGUGGUGGCCGCCGCCAGCGCUUCGACCUGCAAGUCUGGGUGCCGCCCAACACGCGCGCGCGGGUGAGACUGCCCCGGAGCGGCAAGGUCAGGGAAGUUGGGUCUGGCUUCUAUGAGUUCCACGAGGAGGGCGCGUCAUGACUCUGACCCAUGGAUGGACGGACGGACGGACGGACUCACGGGGCGGGCUGACUGAGUGACGGAAGAGACCCGAGUCCAUGACUGGGUUAAUGAGGACAUGGAGCAACUACGUACGUACGCACAUGCAAAAGAGGGGAGAGGAGAGACACGCAUGGGGGAGGGGGACCUUUCGAUGGCUUGCUGCAUGCGUAGGUACCUGAUCCAAAGAAAGGUGUUCCUGUCAGUGAUUCAGUUGAGGGUCUUAGUCGGCACGAGCAGCUUAGGCUGUAUCAAUGUUUAACGCCGACCGACCUCUCAACACAACAUACACACGGCAGGGCCCUGUGGUCUGGACGAGGGAGAGCGAGCCAGGGUUCGGUAGCUUUCCAUUCACCGCCC